CAGAGGGAAAACUAGGAUUAAGAACAAGAGGAGGUUUGGGACUUUGGACACAGACUCUGCCCUUCAAAGACAUUUUGGGUAUAGCUACAGAGUAAGAUAAACAUAACUGGAUAAUCUAUUAAACUUUCUUCUGAAAGUACAAGCAGACCCAGCAGAGAUAUAUAAUCAGAUCCCAGAAACUAACGAAGAAAUGAAUUGGUGCACCAUGUUAUACAUGUGGCUUUCAGCGCUUGCUGCAGGAGCAGUAAUGUUGUAUGUUUCUUUGAAGUUCCUGUCCCCAUAUUUUUGGGAAGACCUGAAUUACUUCAUGAGGCGGAUUAGAUUUAAAAUGAGGAUAACAAGGAGGGCAAGUAAGGGAAUCCACUCACUGACUGAUAUGUUUAUGCUACAAGUACAAAAGACUCCAAAUAAGCCAUUCAUCAUCUAUGAAGGGAAUGUCCACACUUACCAGGAUGUGGACAGAAGAAGUAACAAGGUAGCUCAGGUCUUCCUGCGCCAGGAGGCUCUGAAAAAGGGAGACACCAUAGCCCUCCUGAUGAGCAACGAGCCCGACUUCAUCCAUGUGUGGUUUGGACUGGCUAAACUGGGCUUUGUGAUAACUUUCCUCAACGUCAACCUCCACUCCAGGUCCCUCCUGCACUGUGUUAACACCUCUGCUGCAAAAGCAUUAGUGAUAGGAGCAGACUGUUUGGGCUGCCUGGAGGAAGAGUUUAUUUUUCAGCUUCUGAAAAACAACAUUGGGAUCUGGCUUAUGAGCAAGAGUUCUUCUUUCCAACAUGUUGACACUUUACUAGACAAACUAGAUAACGUUUCUGACGAUCCUGUUCCACCUCACCUUACAGCUCAAACUAGCAUGAUCAAUACAGCUCUGUAUAUUUUCACAUCAGGGAGUACAGGUUUUCCAAAAGCUGCUGUCAUCAGUCAUCUUAAAAUACUAUCUGUCUGUCUAUUAUUUGCUCAGUGCGGUGCAGCUUCUCAAGACAUUAUGUAUAUCACUCUUCCCUUGUACCACAUAAGUGCUUCGCUCAUUGGUAUUGGUGGAUGCAUUGAAUUAGGAGCAACUUGUGUUCUGAAGAAGAAAUUUUCUGCCAGCCAGUUUUGGAGUGACUGUACAAAAUACAAUGUAACACUGUUCCUAUACAUAGGGGAAAUUUGUCGUUACCUUUGUCACCAGCCCAAAAAUGAAGGUGAAAGAGACCACCUAGUGCGCAUUGCUUUAGGGAAUGGCCUAAGACCUGCAGUCUGGGAAGAAUUUCUGAUGAGAUUUGGCCCUAUUAGAAUAUUUGAAUUCUAUGGUGCCACAGAAGGAAACAUUGGUUUUUUCAACUACAUCAAUAAAAUAGGUGCUGUGGGCCGUGUUAGCAUCUUCUUGAAGUUCCUCAGUUCUUUUGAACUGCUUAAAUAUGAUGUCUGGAAAGAGGAACCUGUGAAGGACAAACAUGGGUGGUGUGUAAAAACACUCAAAGGUGAAGCAGGUCUUUUGGUUGCCCGAGUGUCUCCGUCAACCCCGUUUGAUGGGUAUGCUGGAAAUCAAGAAGCCUCAGAAAGGAAAUUGCUACGAGAUGUAUUUGUGAAAGGAGAUGUGUACUUUAACACUGGGGAUCUCAUGCUGAUAGACCAGGAUGGCUUUGUCUACUUCACUGACAGAGUGGGAGACACUUUCAGAUGGAAAGGAGAAAAUGUUGCCACUCUAGAAGUCGCUGAAGUCCUUGGUAUGUUGGACUUUGUUCAAGAGGCCAAUGUAUAUGGAGUGAGUGUAAAAGGUUAUGAAGGAAGGAUAGGGAUGGCAGCUAUAGUUCUUAUUUCUGACCAACAGUUUGAUGGAAAGAGACUUUACAAACACGUCAUGGACUUCCUGCCAAGAUAUGCCCAGCCACAGUUUGUGAGAAUCAUGGAGGUUAUGAAAACUACUACAACUUUCAAGCAUCAGAAAGGACAUCUGGUGAAUGAAGGAUUUAAUCCAGAAAUUAUAUCUGAUCCUCUGUAUUUCUUGGAUGAGCAUGUGAAAUCCUAUAUUCCUUUGACAAAAGAGAUCUACAGAAGGUUAUUGUUGGAGAAGAUUAUAAGUAACAAACAAAAUGAUGGACAAAAUGAUGCACUAAUGAUGGUCCAGAAUAAACACAUCAGACAAAUACCUGCUAAACAAGAUGUUAUGUAAAUGUAAUUGUGAUACCAUAGUCUAUGGAAUAAUCUUGUUGUGUUUCAAUAGAAAUAAAUAUAGAAUACCACCAUGUUA